AUGGUUGCCCUCAACGCCGCUAAAUAUAUCUUUGACAAAGCGCGUAAGACCUUGGGAGAUUAUGAAAUCUUUAUAAUUUGGGUCGCCGCAAAGAUACAACUCCUCCUUCGAGGAAUGAAUCGUCAAGAGGAAGCACAGAAUUUUGGGAAAUACAUUACGCAUUUCCUUAAAAAGCCUUCCCAAUCUGACUUAAGAGUCGAUUUUGCCGAGUUGAACUUGGUCUUAGGUGCCGAAAUCAUAGAUUUCCAAAUACAGCAGAAAGCCUUCCCCCAGGCUGCAAAUUACGCCCAACUUUUGGAUUCCAAGCACAUCUUAGGCGCACCCGAGGAUGAUUUCCAUUGUCUCGAGAGUCUAGCGGGCCAUUGUAACCGCGGGAACUUCGACUGCCUUAAAGCUCGGGCGUUCUCGGAAAUCGAAGACUAUGCUAGCGCGCUAACCGAACUCCAAAAAUCGAUGCGAAGACUAGAGACUCGUGGAGCGCCCUACCGGUCUUGUAAUAUAUGGGUAAUACGUGAUUUUACUCAGCUGACGGCAGAAUUCUUGACAAAAAGGGGUCUAGUCUUGUAUGGUCAGCUUAUAUUGAAACAACUGUCCCAAGCGCUGGAGGAUCAAGGUUUUUCGAAUGAUCAUCCCGUAUACAAGGGUGUCUUAGCUGCUGAGCUAGCCGUGGACUUCCAGAUGUCUCUUGACGAAGAAGAUUGGGCGAUACCAAUGAUUGUAUCUCAGGGUCUCGAACCCUCACUAUAUACUUUGAAUUAA